AACCCAGUGUUCACCGCGAUUCCCAAAGCGGCUUGCGUCAAGGACAAAUAUCACAACACCUUAACGGAGCUCUGGGAUCACUUUGCGAAAUCGUUGCAGUUUUUGUAUUGGAAUUCGCACCCGCUCUUCGACACGGCAUUCCUACCUUGGCCCGAGAACUCGUUCGGUCGUUCCAUGGUCGGCCAAGCAAUACUGCCUGGCUCGCAAUUUUGUGUCGUUUGGGAUAUCACAGGCGACCUUGACCACCAUGUGAAUGUGCUUGGUCUCCCCCACUGGUCGAAGCCAUACCCGUGUUGGAUGUGCACAGGCAAUGAGGCUCAGUGCCACACGUUUGUGCCAGAUGCGCCUUGGCGAGAUUUGCGGGUGUCACCGAGUAUGUCCCGCGACUUGAACAGGCCGCACCCGAUAUUCGCCGAGCUCAAAGAGCAGGGCGUGUCGGACCAGGAUUUGGGCGUGGACCGCCGCCUUCCAACUUUGAAGCUGGCUAUGUUCAAGCCCAAGUCGUUGGCCGAGUUCCCUGCGCUCAAGGCGAAGGCGGCAGUGUCUAGGUCCCUCGUGAAAGUCAUGCUGACCAUAACCAAGCGAGUGCUCCCAGAGAACUCCCAGAUCGUCCAGGCCUACAGGCUUAUGAACGAGUUCCUUACGAAAUGUCAAAAGGUUGAUAUUGUCCCCAGCCCCCUGCGGGCCCGUAUUCUAAGCGAGGCGAUGUCUACGUUUUUGACUACCUACCUGGCCGUGGCGACCACCGAAGCUAACAAGGGUCGCCGCACGUACAACAUGACGAUAAAAUUCCACCACGCCGACCACAUGGGCGACAGAGUGAGAUUCGAAACACCGACCUACACGACCGAAUACGAAUUCGAGGACAUGGCAGGGAGG